CUUGCUAUUACUAUAAUAAUUCUGCACCAACACAUGUUUAAAACUUGGUCAGACGUUUUAAAACAUGUGUUGGUGCAGAAUUAUAUAUGCAGAUUUUUUUUUACACCUUAUGCUGUGUUUACAUGUUUAGUUGGAACGCACAGUACAAACACUGCUCUCAUUUAUUCCCCGCGCAAUCUCCAUUUGCGCACGAAGUGACUCCUUUUACGCACACCUUUAACGCCCCUCCUUUGAGGGUCCAAACAUGACAUCACGCCAUGCAAUUCCCACGUUUUGUCCAGCGAGUCAGCGCGCCUUCACUGAUCUCCACUGGAGCAAGCAGUUUCAGCUGAAGGCACAGAAACUCAGAGAAAGCAGCUGUUAAAUUAGAAUCUUCCUCGCGGAUUAUAUCUUUUUUUUCUGGACGUUCGGCUUCGAAUUUUACCAUGACAGACCAACUUUUUGAGUUUUUCAAUCUCAUUCAGUAAGCUACACUUUUAAGAGCUUUACAUUGACCUAUUUUUCUUCUUUUUAUUUAUCUAUUUUUUCCUUUUUUUGUUAAACAAAGUUUCGGUCUGGACAUGUGAAUUGUUAAACAUGUCUUAGAACAAUGACCGUCUCCUCUUGGAUUUAUCUUGAGCUCUUAUAAGAAUUUGCACACAUUACAUUUCUUCACAGCCAUGGAAAUCUGUUUGCGCAUUCAGAUUUUUACAGCAAUUGUCUCCUACAUUAAGGUCUAUGCUCAUGUAGUGCCAAAUGGGAAGCAUCCAGGCCUGAAGGUGCUGGCCACCGCCUCACAUUAUUGGCCCCUUGAUGCAGUGGAAGGGAUCCAUGAACUGUGGGACCGGAUUGGAAACAGACCGGGUUUUAUUAACGGGAGUCACAUAACUCUCAGAAUCCACAACCACACUGUGCUCCCUUCUUCCCAUAACUCUUCCUAUGUGUAUACCAAUGACUCUGGCUACACUAACAUUUCUGCAAAAGUAGACAUUGUUGAAGGAAUGGUCAACAAAGGCAUCUUUCUUAAUGGUGAUAAUGGCGACACCUUUCUUCACUUUGGAAAUUACCAGAAUUCUUGCAUUAGUGAUCCUACAUUUUGUGGUCCCGAGGGCAUAACCCUUUCAUUCUUUUGGAAAAACCAAGAGGCUGAUUCCCGCUUUGCUGUGUCCUCUGGGGGGAAGGUUUUCUCAAAUGGCUUCUCAGUCUACAUCAACCCUUUAGUGGGAUUUGUGGAGUUUUACACGAGAGGGAACAACCACAGAUGGAAGGUCAGCAUAAAGGUUCCAGGACCAUAUUGGACACACAUUCUUUUUACUUGGACCAAGAGCGAUGGUCUAAAAGUCUAUAUUAAUGGGACCUUCACUGCUGAUGACCCGGUUGGCAGAGUAUCAGAAUAUUAUGGAGACCCCUAUUCUGACCUCGUCAUUGGGACUGGCAAUAAUGAGGAUUAUGGUCAUUAUGUUACCGGGGCCUUUGAUGAAUUUGUCAUCUGGGAAAGGGCCCUUUCCCCCCGUGAGAUCUUGCACUACUACAAUGCAGCCACAGGUCAGGCUUUUGCCCCGACUCUUGGAGACUCCGAAGAGGUGACUUCAACCGCUCCAACACCUAGAGCCACAGCAGUGACUCCUCCUGUCCUCAGCAGUCACGGUAAAGCUGCCCAAAGUUCUUGGGGCCUGGACACCAAGCCAGUUCUGGAUUUCCUCACGGGACUGUCCAAUAAGACCAUUUCUCACAGCACCGCCAACAACCUCACACAGGCCUUUCUCAAAAGUGUUGAAGAAGUACUGAGUUCUCCAGGAUUUCCAGAGCAGUCAACCCCUGUGGUCAGCGGUCUGAUCGAGACUGUGGACCAGGUGAUGGAACACAUGGUGACUAACUUGGAGCUGAGCCCGGUCGCUCCCAUCUCCUUAGGAGGAACAUCUUUUGUUGCAGAUUACUCUCUGAUGAAAUUUCCCAAACAUUUCAACCUGCCGCAUUACCGCUUUCCCACACAGGGGAAGAACUACAUCUCUGUCCCUGGGGAGGCCCUGACCAUGCAGUCUCAAACCACCAUUGUUGGCCUCUUCUACCACAUUGUGCAUAAGUACUACAAAGAGAUCAGUCCUGUCAAGACCAGGAUAAAUGAUGCUGUUGAUUUCAAGGAUCAUACAAUGGAGAUUGCAAGCCAUUUAAUCUCUCUAAAAGUGGAACCCGUACCAACCCUGUCAGUCAACCUGUCUGGAGCGCCACUCAUCAAGAUUGUCCUUACCCAUGUCUUGACUAACAAACAGCAGGACCAAGUACUGAACCAGAGCAAUAAAGUCUUCCUCUACUGCGCAUUUUUGGACUAUAGUUCUAAGGAGGGGGUGUGGUCUAAUGAGGGCUGUGUACGUUCAGAGGGCAACAUGUCAUAUUCUGUAUGUUUGUGUAACCACCUGACCAACUUUGCUAUCCUCAUGCAAGUUGUGCCCUUGAAGCUUACUACUAGCCACAUGAUGGCACUGUCAGUUAUAGGCUACGUUGGGUGCUCCAUUUCCAUUUUCUGCCUUGCCAUCACUCUGGUUACUUUUGCAGUUUUGUCAUCUGUUAGUACCAUGCGAAAUCAGCGCUACCACAUCCAUGCCAACCUGUCCUUCGCCAUCCUUGUGGCUCAGAUUUUACUGCUCAUCAGCGCUCGCUUUGAACCUGGCACGACACCCUGUAAGGUCAUGGCGAUCCUGCUUCACUUCUUCUUUCUGAGUGCCUUCGCUUGGAUGCUGGUGGAGGGUCUUCAUCUCUAUAGUAUGGUGGUGAAGGUGUUUGGAUCAGAGGGCAGCAAGCACUACUACUACUAUGUCAUUGGCUGGGGUUCUCCAUUCCUGAUCUGUGUCGUGUCCAUGACAUCAGCUCUAGGCAGUUAUGGUGAAAUUGAUAACUGCUGGCUUUCACUGAACAAAGGAGCCAUUUGGGCAUUUGUGGCACCUGCUCUUGUCGUCAUUGUGGUGAACAUUGGCAUUCUGAUAUCUGUGACCAGGAUCAUAUCUCGAAUCAGUGGGGAGAAUUACAAAGUCCAUGGUGAUGCCAAUGCAGCCAAGCUCACUGUCAAGGCUGUGGCUGUGCUCCUGCCAAUACUGGGUAUUUCCUGGAUCUUUGGUGUUCUCGCUGUGAACAUGCACUCUUUGCCAUUCCUAUACAUCUUUGCUAUAUUCAACUCAUUACAAGGGUUCUUUGUCUUCUUGUUUCACUGUCUUCUUAACUCUGAGGUCAGAGCUGCAUUCAAGCACAAAACCAAAGUUUGGUCUCUCACCAGCAGUUCCAUCCGAAACAUCAAUGUGAAACCAUUCCACUCGGAUAUUAUGAUUGGAAACAAGGAGGGUGUAACCCCCACUAAGAUGAACACAUGGGACAAAAGCACCAACUCAGCCAAUCGUUUUGACCUCUCCGCCAUGUGAACCAUUUCUCUUUGUAGCAGUUGAGUAAUCUGUGGCUAACUGGAGGGAAAUAUCCUCCCAUUGUGUUAUGAAAUUAGCUGUGUGCUCAUCAAACUCAAUACAACUUUUUUGAUGUGUACCUUGACCUUGUUGAACAGGCUAAAAACUGUCUUUUACUUUUUUAAUUAAAAAAAAUGUUUUCUUUCACAGAAAAGUUAUAGACAGGAGGACAUGAAAAAUAUCUACAAGAAAAUGUCUCUGUACCCUGAUAGACACUGUGUGUGACUGUUUUUCCCCAUUUAUCUAUUUCACAGCCCAUCUUUACACUUUAUGAAAGCUUGUUUCUUAUCAUGGAAAAGACUCAUAAAGCUCCAGAUGGUGUUUAAUAAACCAUAUUCCAUAAAAAAAUUGGUAACUAUAGAUAACUAUGUUCAAUGUAUUAAAUUUAUGCAACCUGUACACUUUUUAAAAGCAGUAUUACAGAUUUUCAAAAAAAAUCCUGUGAAAACCAAACAAAAUAUCUAAAGACAACUGAACCCUUCAUAUUAAAACAUGCUAGGAAAUCACUGAGGUUUAAUUUAGCAAGAAAACAAAAACCUCGUCAGAAAUGAAACCAAACAAUGAUAAACGUAAGAAAUACACAAAAAUAUAAUAAAUAAGGCUAAUGUAUCAAAUAAAUUCAUAAAAAGUUCAGACAACAGCCAAUUUAUGAUUUAGCCAUUUCAAAAAUGUUGCAGUAUUUUGUGAACUUUUACAAUCACAUGUAGGAACAUUACACAAACAGUUUAAAGAGCACCCUCUUAUUCAGCACCAUGACAAACAUCUUCAAAACAAUAAAACAUUUCUAUUCUGUUUGAGUGUUAACGCACAGAACACUGGUAUACAGUGGCUAGAUCUUCACUCCUUUUUGUUUGUGGGUAGAACUUGGUGUGAGGUGUUUGUGUUGUUUGCUGUGUCUGGUUUUUAUUGAAAUAUGGCAUUGUGUAAUAUUUAUAGAGCAUACAUUGUUCAUUAAGUGCCUAAAGGGUAUUUGUUUGAGAUGUCCGUCUGAUUUCUUGCAAAUAAGCCAGGUUUGUGCUUUAUAAAUUUUCAUGAUCUUUAAGGUUUUAUCUGAGAAUGAUGUGCCUUUUGAACCUUCAUUAAAAAAAUUCACCACCAAACAUUUUCCUUGGCUAAAUGCAAAUUUACAGCACACCCUGGAGUUUUGCUAAGAAGUGUCAAACUUGUAAAAAUAUUUGCUUUUACAAAGGAGAUUAUUGUUUUCUGAUAGUCAUUUAAGGUAUGAAUUUUAUUUUCCCACUCUGAAAUAUUUUAGCUUUACAAUUCCCACAUAUUCUGUUUUUUCCUUACACAUUGUACUCUGACUUAUUUUGUUUAUUACAUUUGCUUUUAUUCUUGUAUUUAAUCUAAUAUGAAACUGUGGAUAGGACCAGAGGAGAUUUUGUCCAGCUAUCAAAUGUUUAGAAAAGUAUAAGCAAAAAAUAUGGUGUUCUUUUAUUUUCCAACAACCAUAUCAUGUAAGCAAAUGGACAUCCAGAAAGAUUAACUGUGAUAUCAAAUUCCAAGACUACAAUUAAUUUACACAGACAGCACAAAGCAUCAGCAUUAUUAAAGCACCAUUCAUUUCACUCUGUUAUUGUAUUUAUUUAUUUUGUGAUUCAUGCCGCUUUUUCAUUUGGCAUGUCCUCUCAAGAUUGAUAUUCCUUUAAUAACUUGAUUUCUUUUCUAAAAAGAAAAAAACAUGUUUUUUCCAUGUUUUCUAUUGUGAUCAGUGUUGUACCCUUUGAAUUGACCUGACAGAACAAGUUAAAAGAAAAGAAAAAAAAAGAAAAAGAAAAAAAAAAGAAGGAAAAAAAAGAAUUGGCCUGACUUGCAUUCUUGCUGUACCUCACAUCCUAGCAUGCUGCCACACAAGUAAGCUGUGCUAUUCAAUGUGUAGAGACUAUUGUUUAUGUAAGCAACACCCUUCUGUGAUUUUUUAAUGUCAUUAGUAGAUGUAUUUGUUGCUAAUAUCUUUUAAACCUUCUGAGUUUUUGUAUAUCAUAAUAUAUUGUUCUGCAACACAUUGACUCAAGCUUAUUGCUGUUUUUCCUAAUUGUGAGACUUUUCAAAAAUGUUCUUACACUGUGCCAACAUAAGAAUUCAAGAAGUACUUACUGUAAUUCACUCUGCUUCAUUUUGUUUUUUUGUCUAAAUUGAAACAUUUGAUCAUUCGUGUCCUUGUGUGUAACCUUUUAUGACUGUCAUCUUAUGGUACUACAGUUCAAUGUUCCAUAUUAAAACUUGUUUAGUACAAGAAA